CACGCGUUUGCUUUUAUUUUGAAACAUCACAGCGGAAGCCGUAUCGUUACUCACUUUUUAACUUGACGCAGUUUGGCUGGGUCACGCUGCAAACCAGCCGGAUGUUUUGCGUCGCCAGUAUGUGAUGGGAACAUUUGCUCAUCUUUUUUUGCACAAAGCUAAUCGUGCGGCUCCAGCGGCGGCCCUGACCAGGUCUGACUGGCUUCAGAGUUGCAGCAGUGAUGUUUUGGCUUUCCACAGAAGUAGUGAUUUGAAUGAGACAUGCAUCAGACGCACUAAGAGCUGGCACCAAUGAGUCGAGCUUUGUGAGAGGGCAGCAGGCGGCCCUGUGUGCUGGAUGUCUGUGACAGAUCCAUGGGCCACAAGGACCAUGUGGAGGAAGGAGCAGGCCACAUCCUGGAUUUGGGGCUGGAUUUGGAGUAUCUCCACGUAGCAGGGGCUGACCGGCAGGCUGGCGGCGCUGACGGGGCCUCUGCUAUGGAGGAGCAGGGGGAGAGCUCCGGUAACAGCAGCACUGCCAAUUCCCCUCCACCGGCCGUGGCGGAGGAAAAUACCGGGUCUGAUGCAGAGUGUGAGCCGGCACUGUCUUCCAGCGCCACUCUCGCUGCUGGCCCCGACCCGGAUGAAGGAGAGGGAGGGUUAACUCACAGUAAGAACACCCACCAGCCGCUUUGUCGGACCCAGUGUGUGGACUUGGGCACUGAAGGUCCUCCUGAGCCGCCAUCUGAAGUCCCAUCAGAGUUUGAACACGACAAUCUUGCCCGGUCCUCACCCAGCUCCCCAUGUAAGUACCCACCCGAGCCUCCACCCAAUUCCUCCACAUCGGACCCAGCAUCCGAGGCUGGCGGGAAGGAAUACCAGGCUAAGCUGGAGUUUGCCUUGAAGCUGGGCUACUCUGAGGAGACUGUGCGACUGGUGCUGUCUAAGCUUGGCCCCGACACCCUCAUCAAUGACAUACUGGGAGAGCUGGUUAAACUGGGCACCAAGUCAGACAGCGAGGCGCCGGCUGGAUCAUUAGCCUCUACCUCAUCUACUUCAUCCUCCUCUUCCUCUUGUGGCUGUUCUGAUUUACUGGAUGGCCAGAGGUCGGACUCACCCUGUCCUUCAGACUCUCUGUGUGACCAGGACAACCUGCGGCCAGUUGUGGUGGAUGGCAGUAAUGUAGCCAUGAGCCAUGGCAACAAGGAAGUGUUUUCCUGCCAGGGCAUCCAGCUGGCUGUAGACUGGUUCCUGGAGCGAGGCCAUCAUGACAUCACAGUGUUUGUGCCUGCGUGGAGGAAAGAGCAGUCCCGCCCUGAUGCCCCUAUAACAGAUCAGGAGAUCUUGCGUCGCCUAGAGAAGGAAAAGAUCCUGGUCUUCACUCCGUCGCGGCGUGUCCAAGGCCGGCGAGUGGUUUGCUAUGACGACCGCUUCAUUGUCAAACUGGCCUAUGAGUCAGACGGCAUCAUUGUCUCCAAUGAUAACUACAGAGACCUGGCUAAUGAGAAACCAGAGUGGAAGAAGUUCAUCGAUGAGCGGCUGCUCAUGUACUCCUUUGUCAAUGACAAAUUCAUGCCCCCAGAUGACCCUCUUGGUCGUCAUGGCCCCAGCUUAGACAACUUCCUGAGAAAAAGACCUGUCAUGCCUGAGCAGAAGAAACAGCCUUGCCCAUAUGGAAAGAAGUGCACUUACGGCCACAAGUGUAAGUACUACCACCCAGAAAGAGGUGCUCAGCCUCAGCGUGCUGUUGCUGAUGAGCUGCGUGCUAGUGCCAAGACCUGUGUCACCACAAAAAACCAGGGGGACACCGGGCUGGUGAAGAGCCACAGUGUGCCAGCUGGCAGCAUCGAGGCAAAGAAAGGCGCCCAGAAAAGGCAGUCAGACCCUAGCAUCCGAGCUUUGUCGUACAGCGAUGCUGAGGAGAAGCUGCUGGCAAAAGGGAGGGUGGAAAGCCAGAAGAACAGUAUGUGUGGCGGCAGCAGUAGUGGUAGUUGCAGUGGGAGCAUCACCAUGUCCCCAGCCCCAGGAGGCGGCCCUCCAUCCGGUCUUAGCUUUCCUCAGGAGCAACAGCCGAGAGCAGCGACUCCUCACAGUCUACCUGCCCCCAGCCACGACCUUUACCCGCACUGUGAGUCUCCAGACUUGAGCUAUUACUCAGUAACACGUGCCUACUCUGGCCUGAGCCUUUCCUCCAGGCGGAGCCCAGACUGCCGCUUCCCCAAUGACACAGACCUGCGGAUAGGCUCAAUGGGCUCAGCAGGCUCCGAAUGCAGCAGUGAAAGCAGCGUGAGUUGCAGCAGCAGCUGUGACUCCUACAGUGAGAGGCUGUGUCCUGGAUGCCACCCAGACACCUUACUGGAAGACACCGUCCAUUUUGCUAAUCCCCACAGCCGGCUGUAUCCCCAUCAUGCCGCUUCAAACCAUGAACUUUGUAGCCUUCAUUCUGCAGAUUAUGGAAAUAUCCAACACAGCCACACGUCUAAUACGGGAGCACACAACUACCACCUGAUUGUGGCACGUGGGCAGAGCUGUGCUCACGAUCAGCCUCCGCCAGAGGCUCCACCAAAGCGCCCUCUCUACCCCUUGCCCCCUCAUCUCCAGCAUCAGCCGCUAGCUGCACGCUCUAGCUGCCCAGGCGACUACCACUCUCUGCCUCAGUCCAACCCUCACCCUCCAGGCUCUCCUCUUGGCAGCUGCCUGGCCCCCACACGAGCAGAGAGUGUGUCAGACUCACAUUUGUAUGAACACCUCUCCACAUCGCGCCAUCACCACCGUACAAAAGCUUUGCCCAGCUGGGACACGUACUACAGACAAGCUCCAUUGCCGCCCUCCAGGUAUGAGCCGUCCGCCUAUCAAAGCCUGCCAGACACUCGCCAGUCAUCUUGGCAUCCGUGGGCUCAGGACGGCUACGCCCAGCACCACUCCUCGCAUCCAGCUCUCCACCCAUCCCCAACACAUUACUUAAACCACCCACCGCCUCCAGCCCGCUCUCCUCACCCGCCCUACCAGCCUCACUGCGCUCACCUUACAGUGCCCUCCCACGCUCCUCCCUCUUACAUGUCGCAGCACCCGGAAUCCCCUGCACACAGCCGGUACGGGGACGUGAGGGAGAAAGUCUACAUGAACCUGUGUAACAUCUUCCCCUCGGAGCUGGUGAGUCGGGUGAUGGCCAGGAGCCCCCACGUCACAGACCCCCAGCAGCUGGCAGCCGCCAUCCUUGCAGAGAAAGCCCAAACAGGCUACUGAAGGAAGGAAGAAGGAAAGAAAGAAAGAAAGAAAAUGUAUCUCCCAUAAGAAAACAGCAGUUAUGUUGUCUGUCAUCAGCAGAGCAAACUGGAAUUUGCCUUUGCAACAUUUGAAAGUGGAAUUUUAAAUACUGGAAUGCUUUUGGAUUGUCUGCAAAGAAAGCCUUUUAACAUUAAGACAAUGCAUAAGUUUCAAGGAAAUAAAAUGCUGAAGAUAAUCCAGCUCUGGUCACUGUGCAGCGGCAACUAAAUCAACUCAACUUUAAGAAGUGUGGAGAGAGCGAGUCAUUUGACAAAAUCUAUGUCUGACACAAAGUGCAACUUGUGGAUAUUGGUCUAGAUUGCCCAGUUAUUCUCUUUUAUUUAUUUAGUAGGUGAUUAUAUGCAUCUUUCACAUGCAGGACUUGUUAUGCAUAAAAUUCUCAAGAGGCACUUUUUGUGGUUUUACAACCAAAUCAUAACCUAGUGAGUCAGUAUUGCAUACAUAAAUACCUUGACAUGAAGGAUUAUUUAAUAAUUUCCACCACCUUUAUGGCCAGAUUCUGAUUUGUAUGGAACACACACACACACACACACACACACACACACACACACACACACACACACACACACACACACACACACACACACACACACACACACACACACACACACACACACACACACACACACACAGUGUGCAUUGUACACUGUACUUACUGUCAGACCUGAGAAUUUCCUUUCUUGCAUGUUUAAAGCACCAGAUGGAUAGGAUUUUCUACUUCAUAACUAUAAAGAAAGUGUCACAGUUAAGUAUUCAGUCUUAAUUCCUGAUCUUUCCAUGCCAUUUUCUUCAUUUUUAUGUGGCAAAUCCCCGUCUGGUACACCGUUAUCACAUGACCGUUUCAAACUACUAUUUGAAUGAGGUCUGUCUAUUAUCUUAAUCUCCUUGUGUGUGUUGUGCGGCCAUUUGUGUGUGUGUGGGGGGGGGGUUCCAUGUUGAUAAGAGAUGGUGUCCGAAAGAUAGUCGUCUUAUUUGAGAUGACAUCGGUAUUUUGGUCAGAGUUGUAGCUGUAGAGAUGGGUGACCCUGUCGUGUGUACCUUAGUUUUAGUAAGGGACAUCUCUCUCUCUCUCUUUCUAUCUCUCUCUCUCUCUCUGGACCCUUUGAUUUGGGUCAACUCUGGUAUCUGCUACAGACAGAACAUCUGGACAUCAGUAAAUCAAACAUGUAUGUAUUGUAAAUAUAUUUAACAGAUUUCCCUGCUGUUCUACUGGCUAACAGAGUCUACUGUUGUCUGUAGCAGAUCCCAGCUGAAUCCAUGCUAGACGGAGAAAAACCUUGUUUGAUACAAAUUGUAUCAUUAACUAAGUCGCUGAUGUUAUAUACAGUACAUGGACUUGUUGAUCUGUAUUUAUCAAACACUCUUGAUGUAUUGCUAUAUGAUGAAGUGCAUUGACAACAGUUAUGUUCCAAUCGAGAUGUUCCAACUUUUAAUCUUGUGGAAAUUGCUUUGAGACAAUUAUUUCACAUGUUAGGAAACAAAAGGAGUCGUCUGCCUACUAUGUUUAGGCAUCACAACUUCCUUAUCUGCGCUUUUGGGUUUGAAGCUGGCUUAUUUUUUACAGGAGCUCCAAUUAAAUCAUGUGUAAGAAAUAUGCUUUGGUUUACUGGUUUGAAAACAGAAGUGAAUUAAGUCUGUUUUUUCAUGGUCAGGUUGGGGUCAGUUAAUUUUAAGCUUUCUUUUAGCUUUUUUAUUAAGUCAGGAGGUGGAUUUCCUUAAGCUAACAUUACACAACGUUAUGCUUGAAAUAAUAGAGAAUUGAUGUUUUAUCAGUAAUUACUCUGUUUCAAUUAAAUCAUAAAUUGAGUUGUAAGACCCCAACCAUGUUUAAUAGGUAAAGUUUUGUAUUUGGGUCAGUCUAAUAUCCCAGGGCGGCCAUUUUGAAUGUCUCUACCAAAGCUCUUCUUGGAGUAUCUGCAAACGUAUCAUUUUUGCUUCAACAAAAAGAUGAGGUCUUCAUAGAACCAUGAGUUAUCCAGUCAGUAAAGACAUCUCGAGAACAACUGCUUAGCAGGAAGUUUAGCUAGCUAACCUACUAGCCCUUUUCAAACAAAUGUGUUUGAUAUUUUAAGACAUAUUUAAAUGUCUAUGGCCACAGUGCAUUACAUAGGGGUAUGUUGAAAUAAAUUGCUUAUAAAUGAAGAAAAUGUCUUCACAAACAGGAGAAUUAUUACUCCUGAGGCUACCUGAGCACUUACUAAGCAAUUUUGUUUUACAACAUUUUGUUGUAUUUCACACCUGACCUGUUCAGGAUAUAACCUGCCUAUGGCCUGUCGUAUCCUGGGAUACUCCAAAAUGAAUUCAGACAUACGUUGCACUUUUAUUAGGAUGUUAAAUAUUCCGCAGCAUUAGCCUAUCUAUGACUAUGCUAGAUUGCUGUAUUAAACCUAGCCCUGUGGCCAGAAUAGGAUGAUAGCUGACUGUUUAUUGAUCUGGGUUCUUGAGACUAUUUUGUGUAAAUAAUUAAUAAUUCCUGUUGUCUCUUUCUAACUGGUUAGCAGCAGGACAUAGCUUGGUUGUACCGGAUCAGGUUGAGUCCUACCAAAGCGUAACGCAAGUUCAAAAUGGCCACCAAGGAAUUAAAGUCUGCAGAGUGAGCUCGUCAUACAGUUCAUCACAAGCCAGCUACGUAAAGCCCACUGGUUUCUUUCCUGUCCAACGUGUCACAUUGUACAAAUAGUGAAUAAUUGUACAAUAACACGUGAGCGAGAACCUUUGUGUGUAUUGAAGAAGCGCCUUCUCUCUGGCCUCCUGGCACUGUGUGUCAGUGUAGCACCUGAGCGUGGGCCCAAAGUAAUGCCUCUUCAUGGCAUUGUGCUUAUGACACAUCCAAUACUCUGAACUAUGUUCAGCUAACUGUUAUGCAUGUUUUGAUUUGUUUUGGUUUCUGCAUGUUUCCUUGUCUUUCAUUUGUGUACAUAGAUGUGUUUGUUUCCUAGAAGUUUGUCUUGCCGUUACUGUGACAUGAUGCUAGCUGUUGAGAUGCCUCUAGGCUUACUUAUACACAACCUGGCUUGUUUUUCUGCUCAUUAAUGUUUUAUUUCAUAAAUCUCUUGACAUACAAUAUAAAGUCAAGUGGCAAUGCUAUCUUGUUUUCUAUUAAGUUUGACAUUUACUCCAAAGGAUUAGGAAGCUUGUUUUGGAAUGCAUCCCACUUUCCUUCAACAUUGUUUGCUUUGGAAGUGCCCUCAGUCAUAGAUGAUGAUAAUGGAAACCAUCAUGAUAAACUGACUUUUGUGCUGUAAAUAAUACAAUGCCACAACAUUCUUACAGAAUAAAAACCCUCUGUUUCAAAUUAUAUUUACAUUUAGCCAGUAUAACAGUGUAACUAAUUGAUUAUUGUAACAUUUUCAACUGUAACUGUGAUUGUUCAUUAAAGAGUACUGCUAUAAAA